GCGUGUCCCCGCGUCCCCAGGAUGAGCAUGGCUGCCAGCCCCGAGCCCCUGCCCGAGCUCCCCGCCCCCGGGCCCCGCUGCCCCCCCCAGGAGGACCCCGAGUUCCUGCGGGCGCCGAGCAGGGCCAGGGACCUGCGCCAGGACUUCAACCUCAUGGAGCAGAAGAAGCGGGUGACAAUGAUCCUGCAGAGCCCGUCCUUCCGGGAGGAGCUGGAGAGCCUGAUCCAGGAGCAGAUGAAGAAGGGGAACAACUCAUCGCAUGUCUGGGCGCUGCGGCAGAUCGCUGACUUCAUGGCCACCACGUCCCCUGCUGCCCUGCCCACCUCCCCCAUGGGGCUGGCAUCAGUCACCCCUAUCAAUGACCUGCACGGGACAGAGGGUCCGGCACUGGCCAAGGGUGAGCGGCUGAUGCGCUGCAAGGUGGGCAGCAUUCACCGGCUGCUGGACCUGUAUGGCUGGGCACAGCUAGGACACGCCGCUGUCACCGAUGUUUUUGGCAUGUUUCUCGUUCCACUCUGUCCGCUGUGGCAGCUGCGGGUCAGCAAGGAGCAGGAACACUUCUUGGUGGCCCCGCAGGGGCUGGCAUGCAGCGAGGUGACAGCGGCCAGCCUGGUGAAAGUGAACGUGCUGGGGGCUGUAGUGGAGCAGGGCAGCACUGGCUUUGCACCCGAUGCCCGCAGCUUCAGCCUGCACGCCGCGAUCUACGCCGCCCGCCCCGAUAUCCGCUGCAUCGUGCGACUGCACACCCCCGCUGCUGCUGCUGUGUCGGCCAUGCGCUGUGGGCUCCUUCCCAUCUCCCGCGCUGCUCUUCUUCUGGGGGACAUCGCCUACUUCGACUUCCGCGGGGAGGUGGAGGACGAGGCCGAUCGUGUGGAGCUCCAGAAGUGCCUCGGGCCCACCUGCAAGGUCCUGGUGCUGCGGAACCACGGGGUGCUGGCACUGGGGGACACAGCUGAGGAGGCUUUUUACAGCAUCUUCCACCUGCAGGCGGCCUGCGAGGUCCAGGUGUCGGCACUGGCGAGCGCAGGUGGUGCAGAGAACCUGAUUGUGCUGGAGCGGGCACAGCACUGCGUGCCCCAUGGCCUGGGCGCUGUGCGCCGCACUGGCACCACCUUUGGGCCCCUGCACAAGAGCCGCCUGGGCGAGCACGAGUUUGAAGCCCUCAUGAGGAUGUUGGAUAACCUGGGAUACCGCACGGGGUACACGUACCGCUACCCCUUCGUGCAGGAGAAGAGCAAGCCCAAGAGCGACGUGCUGAUCCCUGCCACUGUGACAGCCUUUGUGUUCGAGGAGGAGCCUGCCGGGACCCCUGCCCUGCGCCAGCACACACAGAAGCAGCAGAAGGAGAAGACGAGGUGGCUCAACACCCCCAACACCUACACCAAGGUCAACCUGGCCGAGGAGCCACAGGGCAGUGCUGGUGGCCAGAGGACAAAGACCACGUGGCUGCGAGCAGAUGAGGUGGAGAAGGGCAGCAGUGGGACUCCCAUCCGCAUUGAGAACCCCAACCAGUUUGUGCCGCUCUACACAGACCCACAGGAGGUGCUGGAGAUGCGCAACAAGAUCCGGGAGCAAAACCGCCAGGAUGUGAAGUCGGCUGGGCCCCAGUCACAGCUGCUGGCCAGUGUCAUCGCCGAGACCAGCCGCAGCCCUUCCAGUGAGAGCCACCUUGGGGAUGCAGAGGCCAAGGAGGGCCAGGAAGAUGCUCCCCCGGAGCCAGAGCCCCCCAACCCCUUCAGCCAGCUCACAGACCAGGAGCUGGAGGAGUACAAGCAGGAGGUGGAGAGGAAGAAGCGCCUAGAGGGUGAGAAGGAUGCAGCAGCAGAGGAGACUGGGGCUCCCCCACCAGAACAACCCCCUCCAGAGCCCCCAGCGCCUGCAGAGCCCACAGAGGGUGAUAAGAAGGAUGAUGGCAGCCAAGCCCCCCCUGAUUCCACUGCCAAGAAGGAGCCACCAGUGGUGGUGAAUGGGAAGGAUGAAGAGCAAAGCACUGAGGAAGACCUUGGAAAAGGGGGAACAGACCGGACAACUACCAACGCUGACCAGGAUGCCCCCAAGGAGAAGGAGACAGUGACCAGCAGCCCUGUGUCCCCUGACGGUUCACCCUCCAAAUCACCCUCCAAAAAGAAGAAGAAAUUCCGGACCCCAUCUUUCCUGAAAAAAGGCAAAAAGAAGGAAAAGAUUGAAUCCUGAGUCUCCCAGGGGCUUGCACAUGGCCAUCCCAGGGAUCCUCAGGAUCUGAGACCAGGACCGUUGGGGUGGGAGCAGCUCCUGCCUCGUGCGUCUGGCCGAGGCGCAACCCAAAACCCUGGAACCCGGCUGUUUCUUGGGUCCUCCCAGCACAAGGCACCUCAUCCCCCUUGUCACCCGCCUCUGGAGGCAGUCACCAAGCUUAGAGAGACUGUGGUCCCCAUUUGGGGAAAUUCCUGCUGCAUCUCCCUCCUGCCUUUCCCUCCUGAGCUCUGGCCCCUUCCUACCAUGGGCCAAGAGUUGAAUUUUCUCCACCAUAGCCCAGAUCUGCUUGAUUUGAGGAAGAAAAGGGUGUUUUGUGGUUAUUUUCUUCACCUUUUGUUUCAAGCUCUGCUGGAAUGGCGCUGGCUUCAUCCCCAGGGAAAACUGUCCAUCGCUUCACCAGGAGAAUGGGAUUGAUCUGAAGAUGGGGGAUUGCUUUUCCUGAAGAAGCUGAGAUUUUUCCUUCCUAGAUUGUAAUCUUCCUCUCCUUGGGCAAAAGAAGCACUUCAUCCCCUUCUCCUGGUACUCCCACUCUGUGUUUUCCCCACCCAAGGAAGAGCAGCAGAUUUCCCACCACUGGAAAAGUCCUCAGCUCACUGCACGACCCACACCUGGGAAAAGAGGGAAAAACAACGUCCGGGAAUUGUCUGUGUUACUUAAAACUGAGCAAAACUCACUAAGUGCUACUUCGAGACGAACACACGCUGCCAAUUCCCACUGGCCUCCGCUCACAGCGACUCCAUCCACAUCGGAUCCCUGCUUUUCCCAUCUCUGGAUUUCCAGCACAAGUUCAGUCCUUCCUGGCGUUCCCUCCCAGCGUUACACCCUCCUAGCCAACCCCUUCCCGGGAAGAACCCCAGCCAUGCCAAUGUUCCCCACAGCCAUUCCAGCAUUGGGAUUUGGGGAUAAAUAAAUGGGAUCAGCCCCCCCUCCUCCCAAUUUCCUGAGGUGCUUUCCCUGAGCCUUCCUGUAUCCACGGAGGCCUGUCCAGAAGAUCUGGAGUGCCUCAGAACCCCCUGUUUGGGAUUCCCUCACCCCAGCAGGAUUUUCCCACAUACCAUCACUGUGGUUUCAAACCUUUUCACUGCUGUUGAGACAGCCUGUGGGGGUUGGAUCCCGUCUGGAAGAGCAGGAAGCCCAUGGACUGUGGGGUGCAGGCAGGGAUUGAGGUGCAGGAAACAGCAGAGAGACCCCAGACAGGGAUCUUGCCAGAGCCCCAUGGCCAACCUGAGCCUGGAUUUUGGGAAGAGCCUUUGUGUUGCCCAGUGUCCCCCCAUAGAUCUCCAUCCCAGUCCUGCAGGAUGGGGGGCACCAAGGGGACACUCUAGGCCCAUAACCCCCUCUGCUCCCCCAGCCCUGUCACUGUGGGGGCUGUUCCUCACUGCCACUGAUUUUAAGGCUCUUUGAGACUAUUUUUGUCCCUGUUCCCCUGGGUAAGCCAGGGCAGCAGAGCCUGCAGAAACAGAUGUGUCACCUUCCUGGGGUAGCAUUGUCAGACCUGGGGGGAAUUCCCGAAUGACAGCACUGCCACCCCCCCAGCCCAACACGAGAUUUUGUCCCCUUGUUGUCCCUGAAGGUCUGUCCCCAGGGCUUUUGUCAGCCCUUUUUCCAUGGGCCACUGGCUUUGCAGGGGACCCCGAGACUGACUUCUUCCCCUCCAUGAAAUUCCGGGCAGUUUCAGGUAGAAAAGGACAAAGGCUCCACUGCCACCAUCCUCACCAUGAUGAGGGUCCUGGCUGCGCAGCUGGAAGGAAACAGCCAAGAUCAAGGACCACCCUUCGGGUAAUUCCCCCACCCCACCUCCCUGCCUCCCCCCCCCUCAUCGCUCCAGCAAGGAGGCUCAGGGUGGGGGUCUCUUCAGGGGAAGGCAAGGAGGGGGCAAAUGCCUGAUCCGGGGCCUCCGCAUCCACAGCUCUUCUGUAAAAUAGAGGCUGAUCCUAUGUAGGUAACGGGGAAGGGCGAAUUCAGCUGGCCUCAGCACCCUUCCACCCACCUGGUGCUGUCCAGGGAGGCCCUGGUGGCAGGGCAAGUGUUGAGCCCCCGGAAUGCCAGGGGGGGAGGCCGGGGUUGUGGCACGUCCCCGGGUGUGACAAUCGCGGCAGGGAGCGCGUGGAACGCUGGUGUAAAUAAACCCCGUGUUUGGCA